CAUAUAUAAAUUUAUUGUUAUUAUUUAUUUUAUAUAUUUUUUACAUAUUUUUUUUUUAAUUAUUUAUAAAAAGAAAAAAAGAAUAGAAGGUUUUUUUUUUUUUUAAUUUUAAUUUAUAUUUUUAUAUACAUAUAUACUAUAGAGAAUGGUUGUACAAAAAGAUGAAACAAAAGGUAUCAAAUCUUAUUACUGUUCAAAAAUUGAAGAUUUGGAAAUUAGAGUAAAUGAAAAAGCACAAGAUUUAAGAAGAUUAGAAGCACAAAGAAAUGAAUUAAAUAAUCGUGUUAGAAUGUUAAAAGAAGAAUUACAAUUACUUACCAAUCCAGGAUCACAUGUUGCUGAAGUUGUAAAAUUAAUGGGAAAAAAUAAAGUUUUAGUUAAAGUUAAUCCAGAAGGUAAGUUUGUAGUUGAUAUCGACCCACAAGUUGAUGUUUCCAAAUUAACACCAUCAACAAGAGCUGCAUUAAAGCAUGAAAGCUACACUUUACACAGAAUUUUACCAAAUAAAAUUGAUCCAUUAGUAUCAUUAAUGAAGGUCGAAAAGAUCCCAGAUUCUACAUACGAUAUGGUUGGUGGUUUAGACAAGCAAAUUAAAGAAAUUAAAGAGGUAAUUGAAUUACCAAUCAAACAUCCAGAGCUCUUUGAAAGUUUAGGUAUUGCUCAACCAAAGGGUGUUUUAUUAUAUGGUCCACCAGGUACUGGUAAAACUUUAUUGGCUCGUGCUGUAGCACAUCACACUGAUUGUACUUUUAUUCGUGUCUCCGGUUCCGAAUUGGUUCAAAAAUAUAUUGGUGAGGGUAGUCGUAUGGUCCGUGAGCUCUUUAUUAUGGCUCGUGAACAUGCUCCAUCAAUCAUUUUUAUGGAUGAAAUCGAUUCCAUUGGUUCAUCUCGUACCGAAUCUGGUAGUGGUGGUGGUGAUAGUGAAGUUCAACGUACUAUGUUAGAGUUACUCAAUCAAUUAGAUGGUUUUGAAAGCACCAAGAAUAUCAAAGUUUUAAUGUGUACAAAUCGUAUCGAUAUUUUAGAUCCAGCUUUAUUAAGACCUGGUCGUAUUGAUAGAAAAAUUGAAUUCCCAAAUCCAGGUGAUGCUGGUCGUUUAGAUAUUUUAAAGAUUCACUCAAGAAAAAUGAAUUUAACAAGAGGAAUCAAUCUUAAAAAGAUCUCUGAUAAAAUGAAUGGUGCCUCUGGUGCUGAGUUAAAGGCUGUUUGUACUGAAGCUGGUAUGUAUGCUUUAAGAGAAAGAAGAGUUCAUGUUUCACAAGAAGAUUUUGAAAUGGCAGUAUCAAAGGUUAUGAAAAAAGAUUCAGAAAACAAUAUGUCUAUCAACAAGUUAUGGAAAUAAACACCCUUUUUAUUAUUUUAUUAUUUUUUUUUUUUUACAUCCACCUAAAAAAACAAAUAAACAAAUUAAAAUAAACAACAAACUAAAUAAACAACAAACUUUAACUUUACAAUAUUGUAUUAUUUUUUAAAUUAA